GAGAGUGAAAAGACAGUGCAGUUUCCAGCUUCUCUCACCCACCGCAAUGGCUCUGCCUCUGAGGUCCUUGAGUCGGGGCUUGGCAAGUGCAGCAAAGGGAGACCAUGGAGGGGCAGGAGCCAGCACCUGGCGCCUCCUGACCUUCGUGCUGGCACUGCCGAGUGUGGCCCUCUGCACCCUCAACUCCUGGCUCCACGCGGGCCACCACGAACGCCCUAAGUUUAUCCCCUACCACCACCUCCGUAUCCGCACCAAGCCCUACUCCUGGGGAGACGGCAACCACACCCUUUUCCACAAUCCCCGUGUCAACCCUCUGCCCACUGGCUAUGAACAGCCCUGAGGCCCAGGCAGAUGCCACCAGGCGCAAUAAAGGUGUGGAAGCUGUGUGUCCGCAGACUCCCUGGGGACCAUGGGGUGUGGUGGGGACCGAGGAGCUCUACUGGGCGCAGGUGCACAGUGCAGUCUGUGCUCCGCUUGCUCUUCCCAAGGCCAUAAUUUGGGAGGUGCUCAGGGGAAUGUCCUUGAUGACUAGGUAGGAGAUCUUCAUCCCCACACCUUUUCUCUCACCUAUUAAUAAUUAGGGCUCUAGGCUGUAAAGGUCUUUCACAUAACACUGAAUCCUCACAGUAUCUCUGGGAACAAGAUAUAAUUUUGGUUCCCAUUCUCUAGAGGAGGAAUUGAGAUUCUCAGAGAUUAAAUGACUUAAAUGAGGCCCCUCCUCAGAAGUCCCCUGAUAACUCAGGGCUGCAGACAACUUUUUGCCUGACACACUGACAGUAUUUGUGAAUUCUGGCUUUCUGGAGACAACCGUGAUAUCAAAUAGAGGACCUACAGCCCUAUGUGUGAGGCUUCAUGACCUAAUUUUGGAUUUGGAAUAUUUCAGCCAUUCUCUAUGACCACCUUUAAUGGGUCUUCUGUAUUGUCUGGGACAUCAGAUGCUCCUUUUUGGAAGCCUGGCUCUCCCAGUCUUUGGGGACCUCAUUCAAGGGGAAUAUUGGUUCAAACAUGUUCAGGACAUUUCACUCCCCUCCUAGGACAUUCUGCUCAU